CAUAUGCCACGUAGGACCAAAACCACCGCGGAUUGAGCCGGGGGGGUUAUUUGUCCUGUUUCAAUAGUUGGGGGGUGUAGAAUGUCCGGUUUUCGAGUUCGGGGGUGUAAUUUGGUCGACCUCGAUAGUUCAGGGGGGUAAUUCGUACUUUUUCUGAAACUUUAUAUGUGAAUUGUAGAUAGUGUCCAUAUUCAAUUUUGUAGUGUAACGUUUUUUCAUUCCAGAUUGUUUAUGUGGCUAUAAAUUCGUUACAAACUUUCACUAUUUUGAUAAAAUGAAUUUUUGAAUUUUUAAAAUGAGCUCAAAUGGAGACAUGCUCUGUAGAGCUCGACGCUGCAAGUUUAUAGUUGAUAACUUUUUAAUUUGAUGGCCCUUGGAGUAAAAAAUAUAUGUUACAAGUUUUAUGAAGGAUGAAGUCAAAUGAAUAGCAUCUAUGGGAUAGUCACCAAAGAUCCUGGGUUGGAAUUCUAUGCCAUAGUAACGAAAGCUAUAUGCCAUAGUCCCGUGUUGGAAUUCUAUGCCAUAGUAAGGAAAGCUAUGCCAUAUAUACAGUCCAUGGGUUGGAAUAUUCUAUGCCAUGCAUAGUCGUCCCCGGUCAUAGUCCUUUCGUUAGUGACUAUGGCAUAGCAAGGAAACUAUGGCACUGAGUGAGAGGCCCUGGGUUCGAAUUCUAUAUACCGCCCGUGCGCAUAUUUCACAUCUAAAAUUAUGUACUUGUGAUUAAAAAAAAUAAAAAACUGGAAAUCCCGUGUAAUAGAAAAUUUUUCACACGCCCAAGGUUGCGGGUGGGAUCGUAAAAUACCUAUGUAAAUGGGUUAUGGACCAUCCGCAAAAAUAUUAAUUUGCUGUAGUAGCGUCGGAGAUAUAUUUAAUUCACUACAAAAUACAAAAUUGUUAAAAUUUUUAGUGUGCAAUGGGAGUGUUGUAAUUGGAUGUUAAAAUAACUAGCUGAAUAUAUACCCCACCGCGUUGCUGCGGGAAAUUAAAUUAUGUAAUGUGUACAAAUAAGAUGCAAUAUAAUUAUUAAAACCCAAACAAAUUAAUACUUAUAAAUUUUGAGCCAAAAAUAAUUCAGAUUGCAUGGUGUUAUGAGAGAAGAAAGAAUAGACAAUUUGAACCAUAGAUCUAUUAUCUAAAAGCUAUAAAUAAUUAGGAUGAUAUGGUUUGAUGAGAGAAGAGAGAAAUAACAUUAACCGACACUUGGUGGACGAAGGAUCUCGGAGCCCAUGCAUCGCUAUAUAUAGUACACCUGCUGUAGUACUUGGCAACUGGAGACUGGAGUAGUAGCUAUUGCUAGUGCGUACAGCACAUCGUACGGACAUGGAGGACAAGGUGGUGCUCGCCAUGGGCGCAUCCAUCCUGUUGGUUGUCGUCGUCUCCAAGCUGAUGAUAUCAUUUGCGGCAAAGCCGAGGCUCAACCUGCCGCCGGGGCCAUGGACGCUGCCGCUGAUCGGCAGCAUCCACCACGUCGUGUCCUCCAGGGAGAGCGUCCACAGCGCGAUGCGGAGGCUGGCCCGGAGGCACGGCGCCCCGCUGAUGCAGCUCUGGUUCGGCGAGGUGGGCACGGUGGUCGCGUCGUCGCCGGAGGCGGCGCGGGAGGUCCUCCGGAGCCACGACCUCGCGUUCGCCGACCGCCACCUGACCGCCGCCGCCGCGGCGUUCAGCUUCGGCGGCCGGGACGUCGUGCUGUCCCCGUACGGCGAGCGGUGGCGCCAGCUCCGCAAGCUGCUCACCCAGGAGCUCCUCACCGCGUCGCGGGUGCGCUCGUUCCGCCGCGUCCGCGAGGAGGAGGUGGCGCGGCUCAUGCGCGACCUGUCCGCCGCCGCCACCGCCGGCGCCGCCGUCAACCUCAGCGAGAUGGUCACCAGGAUGGUCAACGACACCGUGCUCCGGUGCUCCGUGGGGAGCCGGUGCGAGCACAGCGGCGAGUACCUCGCCGCGCUGCACGCCGUGGUGCGCCUCACGUCGGGGCUCAGCGUCGCCGACCUGUUCCCGUCGUCGAGGCUCGCGGCGAUGGUGUCCGCGGCGCCGCGCGCCGCGAUCGCCAACCGCGACAAGAUGGUGCGCAUCAUAGAGCAGAUCAUCCGAGAACGCAAGGCCCAAAUCGAGGCGGAUGAUCGCGCGGCCGACAGCAAGUCAUGCGCAUGCUCUCUGGACGACCUGCUCAGGCUCCAGAAGGAAGGCGGCUCGCCGAUCCCAAUCACAAAUGAGGUUAUAGUCGUGCUUUUGAUGGAUAUGUUUGCGGGGGGCACCGAUACAUCGUCAACAACACUAAUAUGGGCCAUGGCAGAGCUGAUCCGUUCCCCAAGAGUAAUGGCAAAGGUGCAAUCAGAGAUGCGGCAAAUCUUCGAUGGAAAAAACACCAUCACUGAAGAUGACCUUGUCCAACUGAGCUAUCUCAAGAUGGUAAUAAAGGAGACCUUGAGACUGCAUUGUCCAUUGCCCCUCUUAGCCCCUCGCAAAUGCCGUGAGACAUGUAAGAUUAUGGGCUAUGAUGUACCCAAGGGUACAUCUGCAUUCGUGAAUGUGUGGGCAAUAUGCAGGGAUAGUAAGUAUUGGGAGGAUGCCGAAGAAUUCAAGCCAGAGAGGUUUGAAAACAACGAUAUAGAAUUCAAAGGGAGCAACUUUGAGUUUCUCCCUUUCGGCUCUGGCCGCAGAGUAUGCCCUGGAAUAAAUCUUGGGCUAGCUAACAUGGAGUUUGCCUUGGCUAACCUUCUCUACCAUUUUGAUUGGAAGCUGCCCAAUGGAAUGUUGCACAAGGAUCUUGACAUGAGGGAGGCACCUGGACUACUGGUUUAUAAACACACUAGCCUAAAUGUGUGUCCGGUCACUCACAUUGCUUCCAGCUGUGCGUAAAUACCAGUGUAACAGAUAAUGCAUCUUCCAAAAGACCAUAACAGCACAAGGUAAAAUAUGUGCUGUCAGAGACAUGUGGUCUUCGUGAUUUCAAAAUAACUUAUGUGCCUGAGCAGAAAAGCAUAGUGAACCUACUUAUGUACUCAUGCGUAAUAUUUUUUUCUGCCAAAGAAAUUAUAAGUGUGUAUUUUUGUGCCCAUAAAUACUAGGUGCACCAUGAAAUUACAUCCUAUAGUAAUUAAAGAGCUCAUUGUACUUGUA